CAUAGCAUCUACACACACAAACACACACGCGCGCUCUCUCACACACACUGCCUUCAUUUUGUAAUCUAGGAGGCUAUUUAACAAAAGCCGGCUCGGCUCGGACAGUGGGCGCUGUGGAGGAGGCGGUGGACCGGUGCAAUGAUGACGGGCAAAUCUGUGAAAGACGUUGACAGAUACCAGGCUGUCCUCAACUCUCUACUGGCGCUGGACGAGAAUAAAUUUUGCGCGGACUGCGAAUCAAAAGGUCCAAGAUGGGCGUCCUGGAAUCUAGGCAUUUUCAUCUGUAUCCGAUGUGCUGGUAUCCAUCGAAACCUGGGCGUUCACAUCUCCAAGGUCAAAUCCGUCAACCUGGAUGAGUGGACACAGGAGCAGGUCCAGUGUGUUCAGGAGAUGGGAAACGCCAAAGCCAAACGUCUCUACGAGGCUUUCUUACCCGAGUGCUUCCAGCGUCCCGAGACGGACCAGUCUGCAGAGACCUUCAUCAGGGACAAGUAUGAUAAGAAGAAGUACAUGGAUAAAGUCAUCGACAUCCAGAUGCUCAGAAAAGAAAAGAGCUGUGACAACAUACCCAAGGAGCCCGUUGUGUUUGAGAAGAUGAAAUUGAAAAAAGAGAUCAGCCCCAAGACAGACUCUCAGACUGUUACAGACCUGCUCCAACUAGACGCUCCUGCUCCAAGUCCUGCAGUGUCUAAUGGUGGAGGAAGUGUUCCAGACAGUAAUGAGAGCUCAGCGGUGCCACCUCUGGCACACUCCGCCCUGGAUCUCUUCAGCUCUCUGCCAGCACCCGCCUCUUUGUCCUCCUCUAAAACCACACCUGUUUCUAACUCUCUGCCUCAGAGCAGAGUGACUGCCUCUGUGCCUGAAAACCUCAGUCUGUUCUUGGAUCCUGCACCCAAAGCAGAGGAGGGCACUGUCAAGAAACUGUCCAAGGACUCGAUUCUGUCCCUGUAUGCGUCCGCUCCCUCGGUGCACGCGAGCAGUAUGGCGACUCAUGGGUUGUACAUGAACCAAAUGGGAUACCCGACACACCCGUACGGGUCAUACCAUUCCUUAGCCCAGAUGGGUGGAAUGGGAGGUGCCAUGGCGACAUCACAGAUGGCCAUGAUGGGACAGCAACAGAGUGGCAUGAUGGGAGUUCAACAGACUGGUGUUAUGGGACAGCAGGGCGCACAGGGUGUCAUGGCUCAGCCCGGCGGUGUUGUGGCGCCAGCGUACAUGACGGGGAUGACCCAGGGCAUGAUGGGACAGCAGCAGGUCGGAGGCUUACCCACAUUACCACAUGCGCAGGUUUAUGGAGCGCAGCAGGCUCAGCAGCCACAGUGGAGCCUUCCUCAUAUGACUCAGCACAUGGCCGGCAUGAAUCUCCAAAACACCAACGGCACAGUGGGCUUCAGUGGUCAACACAUGGGAGGUCCAGCUGCUCCCAGUUCAGUGCACAUGUCAGCGCACAUCUGGAAGUGAACUUAUCUGUCCGAUAAGUGACAAGUUUCCACCAAGGACAAGUGGAGUUGUAGGAAUCUGUGGAUUCGACUCUCCGCGAGACGUUGUCUCAUGUACAGGGAAGCACAGGAUGAGAGGGAGACCGUGUGAAGAAGGAUAGUUGGGGGUGGGGGGGUGGGGGGGACCACUGCUAC